AUGGCUACACAGCCAUAUCUGCAGGUCGACCAACUACUCGGCGAAUCGAAUUAUCGCCACUGGAAGGCGGUAUGGAGGGACAAGAAGGCGAUGGCAACGAGCACUCUUGUCGACUCAAUCCACCCUAGCAUGCUCGAUCGCCUUGAAGGCGCAGGUUGGGAUAUCGCCGAUCGGGACCCCUUUCACCUGUGGACUGCAAUUCCUCAAGUUCUCCAAAAGAUGCCUGCAGGUGCUGUCAUGGAUUUGACGCGCGAAUUCGGCACUAUUGAGAGUGGUGAUUUUCCGACACUGCACGCCUUCCUGGCUCGUGCCCUGACUCUCAAACGCCACCUCUGCGAGCUCGCCGGCGGUGAUACACCCAUCUUCACUUAUUUUCUUCUCAAUGGUAUUCGCAAGCAAUACCCAGCCUUGUGUGAGAAGCACGCGGCGAUGGGUGCCGUUGAUUGGACCGCUGUUGUGCUUGAUAUCUGCCACAAGGCCAACGCCCAAGAAUUCUCCAACAGCUCCCUUGCCGCAGUGCAGGGCCUUGGCUUCGAGAAGCGGCGAGUGUAA